AUGGCGUUUAAUUACAACAUCGAGGAAGUCCCGCCGGCCGAUUUGCCCUGUGUGGAGCACGACAUUAGACGAGCAAAAAAGUUCCUUCAAAAGCACAGCCCCGAGUCAGGAGACAGCCUGUACGAUCACCUCACCGACGUUCUCAAUAAAAUCCUAGCCGAGAGGCCCAAGAAUGCCGUUGAUAUUUUUGAACAGUACAGUCGACAGCUCAAGGAGGAGCGAUUCCGUAGCAGAAAGGACCAUCUUCGCGACCUUUACGUCCCUCCGGCUCAAUAUGAGGACGCGAAAAAGCUGAUCGAGUUGUUUCGGCAGCCGGUUCAGACAUCGGAAAAUGGCGAGGAAGAUCCCGCAGGAGACGAUGAAGAGGACGAAACAAAGCGGAGGAAGCCGAACAUGCUGGACCUGCUUUAUUACUUCGAACAGACCGGAGUAGGAUUGCCACGAGCUGAAAUGGUGAUCUUAAACCUGUCGAUCAGAAAGCUCAUGGCGGACAACCCGAUAGAAAAUGUCCGAUUUUGGGGAAAGAUACUCGGUAGACCGAAGAAUUAUUGGGUUGUGGAAGCGGACCUCCAGGAGGAGGAGAUCAACCGUCGAAUAGAGGCAACAGAAGCUGCGGAGCAAACGAUGCGCGAAAUCGAAGUAUCCGAAACGGUGAAUGAAAAUCAAGACGACGCAGAAAAAGAAGCUGCGAAUGCGGUCUUCGCCACGGAAGUGGAGUCGAAUGAUCCAGCCGUCGAAGAAAAGCACCUCGUUUUGAAUUUCCCGCCGUUGCCUAAAGGCCACUGGAAACCACCACCGGAAAUCCCUUCGGAAAGGAUCGGCACUGGUGUCAAUAAAAAGACGUACUUUGUAUCAACGUCACCUGGACUCGAUGACUGGGUUGAACUGCCUACCGUAACUGCUCAGCAAAUAAUCGCUGCGCGAUUGAUGGUUCGCUGUUUCACGGGAAAUCUUGAAACACCGAUUUACACUUUUCCCGCGUUUCCGGGAACUGAGAAAAAUUAUUUACGAGCUCAAAUCGCCCGCAUCACCGCUGCUACUUCGAUAUCACCAAUUGGUUGGUACAAUUUUGGCGGUGAUGAAGAGGAAGAAAUCGGCGAAGAGGAAGAAGGACUGGGCGGUAACAUUUCGGAAAAUCCUCACUACGAUCCCCUGCCAUUGAAGGACCUUAUUGAUCCUUCCAUGUCGAACUGGUGUCACCACAGACAGCAUAUUCUGAAGCAGGGUCGAACCACGUGGUGGAACCCAAAUGCUCCCGAAGAAGAUGAGGAAGAAUUUGCGGAAGAAGAGGACAACGAGGACGAUGAAGGGGCUCCCGAAGCACAGCAGAAGGAAGUUGGUCCUCCCCUUUUGACUCCUCUGUCGGAAGAUGCAUCCUUGGAUGCUAUUCCAGCCUGGACAGUAAGACAGUCUUCAUUGGUCCAACCCGACUUCGCCGUCGCCAUUGUUCGAUCAAAUCUCUGGCCGGGAGCUUUCGCUUUCGCAACUGGAAAAAGAUUUGCCAAUUUGUACAUUGGCUGGGGGCACAAGUUUACUGUGUACAAUUACACGCCGCCGAGUAUGCCGCUUGUCCAAGAUCAGUACAAAAUUGGACCGGAAGUGAUGGAGGUUCAGGAUCCAACUUUUGAAAUGGAAGAAGAAUGGCGUAUUGCUCAUUUACCAGCCCCGGAAUUACCCCCCAUGGGAGAGGAAGAGGAGUUACUUGGGGAAGCGUCGCCCGACGAAGAUGAGGAGGACGAAGAUGAAGACUAG